AUGUCUUCAACACGGUUGACAGAAAUGGAGAGCAAAAUAAAUGAGGUGCGCCAUCGCCUGGCGAACCUCAACCUGAGUUUUCAGCUCGAUGAAGACGCCGCUCGUCCCUGCGAAGUUCACGCGGUAAAGGACGAUAAGCAGAAUUCACCUGUGCUGGUGGAACGCGAUCUCAAUAGGAGCGUCACGGCGAAGAGUGCAAUGCCCGCAUCUACUGGGGACAUGAACCGCCUGGUGGAGUUGGCCAGGCGGGAGGCGGCGCAGAGAGACGGCAGUCACCAAACACCACAGCCGAACGGCUGCAAGGAACGUAGGAGGACGACGCACUUUUCAACGGAGAAUUUGCAGAUAGGCCUGCAGGGACACACGUAUUAUGACCCGACGCCGGCGGCCCCAACAACACAAUACCACGUGAGCGCGUGGGCGCCUACGGCGUCUUUCCAGCAGCAGCCUGCGAGAUCGGCGGGGAGAGCUCCAUUAUAUUCCUCUCACGUCCCCACAUCGACUCUUUCUUGUGCUGGCCACCGUUCCAAUGUGCCUGCCGCAGCAGCCCCAACGUCACGGCCGACUUCGGGGUUGGUCGGCGGGUUUGAUCCACUUCAGGCCGUUCAGGCUCGUUUGCGGGAGAAGCUGCGGAAGUCGGCUGCAAGCAGGAGUCCGCUUUCCAGUCCAGGAAGUGCCGAGCAGUCACCAUCCCCAAAACCGCAGGAGUUGUGGCAGACUAGCCACUCUGGAGCUCUCACAUGUGCGCCCGACGAUGCAUCGAACGAGGUGUUGCCCAGCACAACGCAGACCGGGUUGAAAAAAACUAAACGGGAACAACAAGAGCAGCAAAAUGUGGAAGCAUCCACCCCUAAAAUAAAGGGAGCGACCGAUGUCAUUUGUAACGCGAAGCAACGGUUUGCAUCGCCAGGUUCACCGGGAGUGGCAUCGUUGUCGCAGUCUUUUCUGGAUGGCAAAGGGCAUUGCCAGAACCGAGUUGCCUCCAAACCGCUGCCGAAGGAUGUGUAUUCACGCUCUACAUCUGCUUUCCGCAGCGAAAUCUCCGCAAAUCCCUCUUCCCAGAAGAAAUCUGUCCAAAUACCGCGUCGUCCCAGUUCUGUUGCUUCCCGACAACGGAGCCCUUGUCAACUUGCUCAGCCCGCACUUCCACGCAAAUCCACUCCGCAACGAACAGUGCUAGAUGUAUUGACGGGCGCGGAGGUCUUUGCACUGAUGCGUUUGCGUGGCAUUAUUGUCUCUCGUGGGGAAACAGGGGAAUGCACGUUACCCGAAACACGGUGCCACUCUAUUUACCUUUCACCAGAUGAACACAAGCAACUUCUUGACCUCCGCUCAAACCUUCGAUUAGGCCACUUCUCCGUGAAGAAAAAAGGCGACAAGAGUCAACCAAGCGCACCGAGGUCUGUCUCUAGAAAGUCAUCCUCAAAGCCAUUGCCGGUUCGUCGAUCCUCGUCUGCACUGCAUGACGCAUCAAAAUGGUAG